CUUAUCCCCAAGGAAGACCGCAAGAAGAUCCACGAGUACCUCUUCCGCGAGGGUGUGCUCGUGGCCAAGAAGGACUUCAACCUUCCCAAGCAUGGCGACAUUGACACCAAGAACCUCUACGUGAUCAAGGCCCUCCAGUCCCUUGACUCCCGCGGUUACGUCAAGACCCGCUUCUCGUGGCAGUACUACUACUACACCCUCACCCCCGAGGGUCUUGACUACCUCCGCGAGUGGCUCCACCUCCCCGCCGAGGUUGUCCCCGCUACCCACAUCAAGCAGCAGCGUUCCCACGCUCCCCCCCGUGGCAUGAUGGGUGGUGAGGAGCGCGAGCGCCGUCCCCGUGCUCCCCGUGAGGGUGGCUACCGCCGCCGCGAGCAGGGUGAGAACAAGGAGGGUGGUGCCCCCGGCGAGUUCGCCCCCAGCUUCCGUGGUGGCUUCGGCCGUGGCCGU